AUGGCAGACACCACGGGUGUUGACAUGCCGAACUCAGCCCCGCAGCCAGCCCGCCCCUUCCGCAAACAGGGGCUGCAGCAGGGACUGACCCGCCUGCAGCUGCUCUUGGCCCGGCUUCCUCAAGAGCACCGUCUUCAAGCCUUGCAGUUUCUCUCAGAGACACUGCGCCGCUCCUUGCUGAAGCAUAUGGAGCUGCAGCACGUGCAGGGCUGGAGGAGUCAGAAUGACCGGAAGCGCAAGCGUGACAAAUCAGUGAGGGAGCCUCGCCCUGCAAAGAAGCGGAGUGCGAGAAGCCUGCUGACGUUCACCAAGGAGAAGCAGAAGUCUGGCCCCGGCCGUGGAAUCUGCAUCAUGAGAUCCGGGAAUGGGGUCCGCGUCUGCUAUUUUGCCAGGGCCAUCAUCGCCGGCAUUGCGAUCUCCUCACACUGUGCCUCUCGGCUCGGGCGGACGUAUGACCUGCUGCAACCGUAG